AGCCAAAGGUUGCGGCAGCGAAACUUGUCGAAAGGCGGAGAACGCUGCGAACGGUCCAGACCAAAUGACAGCGAUUUUGUAUUUUGAUAAGACAUCUCGAUUCGGCCGAUUUCAUUAGAGUUGAAAAAAUUAUUUGAGCUCUCUUUGCUGGGGCUCGAAAUCUAUCAAAAUCGUUCCGUUACCGUUCCAGAGCGGUGCAGAAAUUCAAAGUUCCUUUUGUCAGAACCAUAAAAGCGAACCCAUCAGACAUUGAGGAGGUUUCUGAACAACGGUGCAAGGGAAAAUCUUUUCCUUACAGAAGAAUCGACGAAUUCGUCCAUAACCAAGAAAUAUUGCAUCCAAAAUGUCGAUACGAAGCAGCGGUUGCUCGCCCUUUCGAGAGAACUUUCCACCGCUUUCUCGCACUGCCUAUUUCCUGAAUUUUCGCUCAACUCCCCCGGUAAACUUCCGGUGAAAAUUGCCGCAAAUGACUCUUUUCAUAAAGCAAGUACGACGAGUCGGACGCGCAACAGAAAAUUGGGAAUCGGUUGAGAAUCGAGUCAUCAACGUGCAACGAAAACAAAACGUUUCAUGUUUCUCGGCGCAGUCGUGCGAGUUAUUGUACCGAGCAAUAAAGAUUUAUUAAUGAACAAUUAAACGAUGAGCGUUUAUUCGUGUGCUGAUAUCGUGAACGUCAAUUCACAAAACCCAAUAUUAAUUGUUGACCGAAAAGAAAAACAGUGAAGUUGAUUGAUCGAGUGUGAAAACACGUCUGGCUCCAUGCCGUGCACACAGAAAUAGCGUACACGUCAUUCUGCCACGGUCUCGAGAAGGUGUGCUGUUAUGUGGCUGCGAAUAUGGAGAUGCCACUCAUCCGGUGAGUGCUGUUUCUCGUGUAAAAUGAGUGCCAAUUCUGCUUCACGUUUUGCUCCGCAAAAACCGACGUUCAAGCCAUCGUCGCGGAUUUUAUCAACGUUCGCAAAUCGGAGUGGAGUUACACCGUAGAAAAUUAGCCUCCGACUGCGCGACGAAUAAAAACAAACUUGAAAUAUUUCUUUCUUCGAGUAUAAUCUUAGGGCAUUGAACUUGACGCUUGCUUCAGCUUGAUGCUAUUGCGAUAUUUGAUUUUAUAGUCCUGAAAUGAAUCUUGUCUAGCUCUUGUGUCAUCAAAACUGGUGAAAUUCGCUGGAUUUUUAUUCACGGCGUAAAAGCGUGUAUUUUGUGAGCCGCCUCGGGCGUGCGGGGCGUUUCGAGUCAGAUUUUCAGUACUCUGGAUCGAGAUGUUUCCAGUGUUUUGCAAUAGUUCACGUUUUUUGUCUUCCGAGUGAAUUAUAAUAACGAUUAUAAUUAUAAUAACGAAUUCGUCCAAAAUAAAUUUCAUUUCAUUAUUUUUGACUACCGAUGAAAAUGUUCCACCGGAAAGCGAGAAAAUAUUUGCAGCCAGUUCACUAGACGAUUUUCCUGUUUAAUAUUCCAAUAAAUAUUUGUUGGCGAUUCAAACGAUAAGAACGUGAGCAAAGUCUCCGGAAUAGAUUCGACUUCGAAUCGCCUGUACAUAUUAAAUCUCGUAAAUUUGUUCUUGUUCUGUAUGGAACACGCGAUCGUAAAGCCAGUCAUGUACUACAUAGUCGAACAUGCUUCCAAGUGUUAAGGUGAGACAAACAUUGAAGCGUGUGAAGUAAACAAACAUAAAUAUUCCCCCACUUUCGCACGGCAUUAGCACCCAUCGGCCUGUUUUUCGAAACUCGAGUUGGUCCAUCGUAAGAAUACAUUAGUCAGUGAUACCUUAUCUCUUCGUCGAAUCAGGUGGCUUGAUAGUGAGAUUUCUUACCCAUGAACUCGCUGCUUCCAUAGUCACACGAUGGAGUUGCAAUUUACGAAAAUUUUUACUCUGCUCGCGUACAUUGCCGUGGCCGGCAGCGACAGUCGGGAUGCCCAAUUAUGGUGUUAUCAGUGCAACUCCGAGCCGGGCCAAAGCUACUCGAGCCAAUGUAAUGAUCCGUAUUUUCCAGUGAUAAGCACCGAUCUCGUCGCGUGUCCACGAAAUGACUCUUACAUAUGCCUCAAAAGCCUCAUUAAUUACCGAAACGUUCACGUAACGGUGCGAGGUUGCGUGCUACGAAGCCAGAAGAGCACGUACUGUUCGUUCAAGGAAGCUUAUCCGGAAGCGAAGCUGGAGUGUCUAUACUGCGACGGUUACGCCUGCAAUGCAUCACACAAGAGUACAUCGCUUGCCGAUCGAUACGUCAUCGCCGCGUCACUCAUUAUUUUCGUCACAUUCUCCAGGACUUCAUGGCCCCUCAUUUCCAUUACUUGAGCACAUAUUCCUUCCGAAUAGUUAUUUAUCACUUCAGAGAAUACUAAAUUAAGUUCUACGAUACUGCCAAAAAGAUUGGAGCUAUUGGAAAAAAAUUUUAUUCGUGGACCGACGAAAUCGUCGUUGCAGCUGCGCUAUUCGUUGCUCGAUCACGAGUCCCAAUUACCAAUGAUUUUUAAAUGUUCGAGUCGGGACAGUCGAUUUAUUUCUCAAAUUAUAUUUAUCUAGUUUUAUCUCAAUUCGACUCCGAACGUUUUAGCGGAAAAUGUUUGUUUGAUGGUACAAAGCGCAUUUUCGUUGGCUGGUCCAUAAACUAUUUUAUCGAAUCGAACUUAUACGCGAUUGAAUGUUGAUCGGAUGAGCUGCGCCGAAUGAUCUGUUCGUUGAGAAAGAAUCCGAUGAAGCUAAUUUUCUGAGGCUUCUGUAUUUGAUAAAACGUCCAUAAAAAAUGUAUCUAGAAAACUGAGAUUAUAUGCGUAAUUUGAAGAAAAA